AAUCGAAGCACUCCUUGUGCGCUGUACCAGGCGGUCCCGUCAGCGUCUCGCAUCCCAGGUCACAAGGGGUCCGGCCCUUCGCCGCGGAGCUGUGGAGGCGCCUGUCAGCCGGUUUGUGGCUGUGAAUCUGAAGUUCUUCAUUUGGACCUGUGGCUUCAGGGAAAUCCUAUGGAGAAUCCAGAUAACAAGACAGAGGUCGUUCUGCUGGCCUGUGGUUCUUUCAAUCCAAUCACCAACAUGCAUCUGAGGCUGUUUGAACUGGCUAAAGACUACUUGCAUGAAACAGGAAAAUACAACGUAAUCAAAGGAAUCAUUUCCCCAGUGGGUGAUGCAUAUAAGAAGAAAAGUUUGAUCAGCGCCAAUCACCGAGUAACCAUGGCAAAGCUUGCUACAGAAAGCUCAGACUGGGUGCAAGUUGAUGACUGGGAAAGCAGCCAGGAUGAGUGGCUGGAGACACUCAAAGUUCUAAGAUACCAUCAUCAGAAACUUGCAUCUUCUACUCCUGCUAACAGCCUGCAGAAUGCUGUACCUCUAAUAAAGCCAGGCCGAAAGAGAAAACAGGAAGCAAAUAGAUACAUUCCUGCGAAAAAGUAUCAACUGAGUCCAGAAACAAAAGGUGUCCCACAGCUGAAGCUGCUCUGUGGAGCUGACAUGCUGGAGUCCUUUGGAAUCCCCAACUUGUGGAAGCUGGAAGACAUCACUGAAAUUGUGGCAAACCAUGGCCUUGUCUGCAUAACUAGAGCUGGAAACAAUGCACAGAAAUUUAUCUAUGAAUCUGACACGUUAUGGCAACACAAAAAUAACAUUCACCUGGUAGAAGAGUGGAUCACCAAUGACAUCUCUUCCACCAAGAUCCGGAGAGCACUGAGGAGAGGACAGAGCAUCCGUUAUCUGGUCCCUGAUGCAGUCCGGGCUUACAUUGAAAAACACAACCUGUAUAGUCCAGAAAGUGAAGACAGGAAUGCUGGAGUUAUUCUGGCCCCUUUACAAAAAUAUGCUAGGGGGUGUAAGCAGGAACAGACACUGUAAUCUAGCCUGUCUUUAUGCUGUGAAAACCCUAUGCUUGAACAUGGGAAGAUGUUUAAUCUCUCCUAGUAAAUCAGGUCUGAUUCUGUAGCCCUUGUACGUAUGUAAGUACCAUUGAAUUCAAUGGGAGUUUUGUGCGUAUGGGGCUUGAGCUUUUACAGCACAGGCCUUGUCUUAAAAAAAAUAAAAAAAAAAGUAUGUUUUAUCUCAGGUUAACUAACAUGCAUGAGCUAUUCUGAGGUAAAAACACAGUGAGGACAAGGCACUUAGUUUUACUACAAGAUAAACUAGGAAAGGUCAGCUCUGUUGACCUCACCAAGGGUAUGUCUACACUUCCCAUAUUAUAGCACACCCGUGGCAGCGCUGUGAUGUGGCCAGGUUAGUCACACUUUAUCACCAGGGGAGGGCUCUCCCGGGGAUUAAAACCCCACCACCACCCCAAAUGAGUGGUGGUAGCUUUAUCGCCCAGAGUGCAGCUCCCGGCGAGAAAGUGCUGUCUAUACUGUCGCUUUUCAGCGCUAAAACUUUUGUUGCUCAGGGGUGUGUUUAAGUGGCAGUGUAGACAAGGCCUAAAGUAACUUGUCUUCUCAGUGUUUUUACCUCGGGGAUAGCUGACACUCGUUCAUUAUCCUGAAGUUUAAGAACAGACCUUUUUAAAACAAGGCCUUAGGAGCUUGAUUCCUCCACUGUCCUUUGCCUUGUCAUUUACAGCUGUGCAAAUUGAGAGUGAAGUGGGUGCAAAAUGCUGCCACUCAGCUGUGGUGCUGUUUUACACUCACUUUGCACAUGAACAGCAACAAAAGAUGCCAGACAGUGGAGAAGCAGGCCCUCCAAUUAUGCAUUUUAAAGGGGAAUCAUCAAGUGCUACAAUUUGAUACCUACAACUGAGCAUAAUGAAAUGAAACAAAAUGGGUUUUACAAACUCUGAUGUUACAGAUAUCUUUAACUGAAACUUUAUAGUCAUUCAGGGGUGUGCUGCUGUAAGCUCACUGAUGUAGCUGCUCUAAGCCGACGGGAGAGAGUUCUUGUAUCGGGCUUAAUUACUCUAGCCCCCACGAGCAGUUGUAGCUAUGUCAGUGGGAGAAGCUUUCCCAUCGACAUAGCACUGUUCACACUGGCGCUUAAAUCAGCAUAAAUUAUGUCACUCGAGGGGUAGCUAAUUCAGACCCCUGAGUGACAUAAUUUAUUUCAGUUUAAGCAGUAAUGUACCUAUAGGCCAGGCACUAGUGCAUUAGAACCAGAAAGUGAAAUUGACUAGAAACAGAAAGCAAAAUUCACCUAUUUAGUUUGGCUGUUCAAAUUGAACGACCUGUAAAGUGAUAAACAACACAACUGUUUUGAACACUUUACUGUGUUAUAACAAAAGACAAGAUCAUUUCAAGGCAAAGUUACACUUUCUUCCACUGUCAUGUGUAUUAACCGAAAGCUUGGGAAUGUCUGCUCACGAAAAUGAAAAAAAAAAAUUGUUACAGUUCUCCUAUCACUGAUGCAUAGUAAUUAGUAUACUCUGGAGUAUAUAAUAGUCUGAUUCAUUUUAAAUAUAUAUUGUUCCUACUGUAACUACAGCAUAAAGCAAAGAACAAUAAGAAAGAUUGCAAAUCACAUGCUAGAAUAAUUUUACAUUUUAGCACCAGCAGCAUAGUCACAGCUGAGUGGUUUAAAUGAGGAGCAGGAUGAGGCUGGGUUGGGUUUAUAUAUAAAUGCAGUGAAUAAUUUUAUUUCUGUGUUUCCCUGCCAGGGGUCUAGGGCUUUGAAAAAUAUUGGAUGCUAAUCAGGAACAGGAAAUUAUAUAAUAAUUGCCUUAGUCUAAAAUUAACCCUAUUCUUCAUGUAAGGCCAGCCCAGCUUCAGAAACUGGGCCCAGCUACUGGUUUCAUGGCUAAAGGUUAAGAACAGUGUCAUUGUGCACAUUAUUCAAUUGGGUCCUUGCUUUGGAAUGAGGAAUAAGAUUUGUGAGACAUUUGAUUUCUGAGCCAGAAUUUCUAUAACUGGAGGGGAGGAAGGGUAAGGAGAGACUAGGGCUCCAAUGUAAUCUACACAUGUAAUUUUAUUUUCGUAAAAGUCUGGUUCUGAACUGAGCAUAGCAAAUUGGGUGUGUAAGUUAGAACAACCCUAUAAAUGUCAUGCUGGUGAUUUCUAUACUCCUCUCUCUCCAUUUUGUGUGUCAAUUAAGUGCCUUAUCAAAAGUUACAGGGCUUGAGGAGCUAUUAUUCAGGUAGUAUGAGAACUGUUGAACUGCAUCCUCCAAAACAGUGGUCUGUCAUACUGACCAGAUCAGAUAUGCUAUCAGAACAUGAGAUUCUCAGUGCUCUGGACAAGGUGAGCAAUGCAUGGCAUGUCCACAUGUACACAAAAAUGCUGGAAUUAAUUUAUGCUUUAGAGACUCUGUGUGCUGCUGCUAGUUCCAGUUUGCAACCAUUGGUUUCUUCAGAGCAUCUAUACUGUAUUUUAAAACAAUCUUUGUGAUAAAGUGAGCUAAUUAACUUAAAGUGCACUUCUGACUCUGAAAAGUGACUGAAAUUGGCACUAAGAGGUUCCAUGUUUAUUUCUUCUCAAUGAUUUCCAGAUCAAAUGUGAUCUGUUUAAAAUUACAAAUGUUUGUUUCUCACUGGCAGCUAUGCAAACUCACUUUGGACUUUGAUACUCAAGCUAGGUUCUUUCUAGCUCACGCAUCCUCAUAGGUAAUAAAGAUACUGUAGGCCAAAUCAGGGACAUCUGGGCAGUCCCACUGCCUUAACUGGGCUAACAGAUUGGAAUUUUAGUAAACAAUUCUACUGAUAAUGCCCAGGAAAGAACAGAAUUCACCUCUAUCUCUCUCUCAGCUAUGUUGGUUCUGCAGGGCUGACAGGAAUAAAAAGCAAUAAAGAUUUAGUUUAGUCAUUAAAGUCAUCUGAUGUGACCCAGAAUACAACCAGAACAGAUAUUUUCUGUGAGAGAGUGAUGUUUAUAGUUACUUUUCAGAGUAAAAUUGCACUUUAAGUCUGAGAUUUACUUUGUAAAUCAUGAUGCUGGUGUGUUUUGUGAUACUUUAUUUAUAUAAUUCAGGAGAAGCAUUGUGCACUAAACAGAAUGCUCUGUAGCGACCUGGUCUACACAUGUUAUAUUUUGCUGGUCUUUCAUGCAGUUAUGUGUAAUAGGUGUUUCAAUAAAAAUUUUGGUGAUAA